UUAAUCUUUUAGUUUAGAGAAUCCAAUCAUAUUAAGAAAAGGCGCCUGCAAACGCAUACACACAUACACAUACACAACUACAGCGUAUUAUUGCAUCUAUCAAGUGUUAUGUGAUCAUCUUGUGCAUACAUACAUAUAGACACAUACACAUACACACACACACAGCAUUAUAUACUACAUGCAGAUGAAAGAAGUAAAUACACAAUUAGACGACGAUAUAAUGAUUCCUAUUAUACCGUUGGAGGAUAUAUCUUCGUUUAAUAUUGAUAAUAAUAAUAAUAAUAAAUCAUCUGUAGAUGAAGAAGGAGAAAUAACUAAUUGUCAAGAGAAGGAAUUUCAUCAAAUGAGCCUUAAUGUAUCAUUGUCAUCACAAUCACAAUCGGCAUCGGCAUCACCAUCAACUGGUGGUAAACACGAAACUGGAUUCACUACUACACUUCAUAAUGGAUGAUGUUUAUCAUUGUCAGAAGACACCUGUAAAUUCUUCAUCAGCUGCUUCUACAUCUUCUUCUUCUACUUCUUCUUGGUCAACAUCAUCUUAUUCUAUCUCCUCCACACAUAUGCCCAGCACUGCACUGGAUGAGAUGGAUAAAUUAAAAUUAAAAGUGGAUGGUAGUUGUGAUUUAAAAAAACCCGGUGAUCAUUCUACACAGCCUCCUUAUUCUCACAUGUCGCCAACAUCUUAUCAUUCACCAGCACCAUUCUGGUAUGAACCAGCUGCUAUAGCUGCAAAUAAUGCCUGUGAUUAUACAAUUAAAAUUACUCUGGAAAUGGCUAAAUCUGGUCAAGCGCCUAGACCAGUUCGUGUAUAUGCCGACGGAGCCUAUGAUAUGUUUCAUUCUGGUCAUGCUCGUCAAUUAAUGCAAGCUAAAUGUGCCUUUCCAAAUACUUACCUAAUCGUAGGUGUCUCUAAUGAUGCCGAUGUACAUCAUUACAAAGGUAGAACAGUUAUGAAUGAAAAAGAGCGUUAUGAAGCUAUUCGGCAUUGUCGGUAUGUAGACGAGGUUAUAAAUGAUGCACCUUGGUCUAUAACUAAUGAUUUUUUACAAAAACAUAAGAUUGAUUUUGUUGCACAUGAUGACAUUCCUUAUGCAUCGCCUGACAGUGAAGAUGUGUACAAACCACUCAAAGAUGCUGGCAUGUUUCUAGUAACUCAGCGUACAGAGGGGAUUUCAACUACUGAUGUAAUCGGUCGUAUUGUACGUGACUAUGAUGUCUACCUAAGGAGGAAUAUUCGACGAGGAUUGUCAAGGAAAGAUUUGAAUAUCAGUUAUAUGAAGGAAAAAAGUAUCCGACUACAGAAUAAUCUGGAGACAAUGAUGAAACGUGGCUCAACAUUUAUUCAAAAUUUUGAUAGUAAACGUCGUGAAUUUGUCGAUCAAUUGGAGGAUAUUUCACAUGAAGUUGUUCGUUCAUUUAUGCGUAUUUUUGGAUCAGAUGGUCAUUUACGUCAUUGGUGGUCAUCGCGUAAACGUGCAAUAUCGAAUUCAACCUUUUCAUCCCCAAGAACAUCACCAACUUGUAGUGGAAGUGAUGAAGAUGAUGAUGAUGAUAAUGAAUCGGAGCAACCGUAUAAUAAAAAACCAAGAAAAUGUUACAGUAUGAUCUAUGGUCCUCGUUCGUGUAGUAGUUCAGUUACAGAUUCUGAUGAACAGACAAGUGAACGAAGAACACUGUCAAGUACAGAUGAACCACACGAUGAUCACUUACCGUCAAUAAACGAUAGUCGAAGACAAUUAAUUACACGACAAGGCCUGAAAAAUAAUGAGUCAAGAUUACGCAGAAAUAGUUAUCGUAGCCUCCGAUCUACAGGGAGGAGUGAAUCAUUCCUUAAAAAGAAAUAAUAAAAGAAGAAGAAAUUCUCUCUCAGGUUUCUAACAAUCAUUGAUUGGUUGAUUCGUUCAUUUGCUCACAUUUGUUCACCACAAUUCACUUUUGUUAUAUUGAUAGUGGAACAACUUGAUUUUCUCCUGUGCCGCUCUCUCUCUCCUGAUUUACAUUUUUGCCUUUAAUAAUAGUUUGUCAUUUUGAAUCGAGUUUUUUGUUUGUUUUAGUUUUUGUUAUUGUGUGGAUCUUUUGAUUGAUCGACAUUCACCGUUCACUUCCUCUUCCUCUUCCUUGUAAUCAUCAAAUCUGCAAUAUACAACAACUACAACAACAGAUGGGAUUCUUGUAUACUGUGAAAGUCUUUCUUUUACUAUGAUUAUUACUAUCAUUAUUAUUAUUACUAUUUGUUGUGAUCGUUGGCGUUGGUUGUAAUGAUCGUCUUACGAAUAGACGAUUGGACGACAAGAGACUAAAGAAUACUAUCUCUCCCAGUACAGUACCUCGCCAAAAAAAAACCCAAUUUAUUUCUGUACUAUUUUCUUUUUCUGUGUUCUUGUUGGUUAACCGAAGAAAGAAAAAAAAUGUUUACGUCUUAUUUUUCUCAAGUAAAGAAAGAAAAAGAUAGAAAAUCCCUCACCACUCUUUAUACUUAUGCGCAGUACACUAAAUAAAUCCUGGUGUUGGUUAUAGUAGGGAUUUGAUUGGCCACUAGCUGAUAUCAGUUAGAGAACCACCAUUGGAAAGCCAGGAAGAACUG